ACAGUAUACCAUCACCUCCAUAGCAACAUGGCAGCUCGACUCGCCCUAUCUCGUUCCGCAGCAGUAGCUGGACCCUCUAGAGUGAGUAGCUCAGCUUGAUGUUCCGUUUCACGGACGCAGUGCAACGUCGAGUGCAUUUCAAGGCAAGCGACAGAGUCGAUCUCGGAAAGCGCCAGGCUGGGUGAUGUGGGAAACACAUCAUCGGAGCAACAGGCCAAGCCGUCUUACCCGCGAUUCCCAUCCUACCACCAUUCCUUCUUCUCACACCUCCAUCAUCACCUUCUUGCCUCCUCCUUCAACCCCCUUCCAUACAAGCAGAUUGCAUCAGCCUCACUGCGAGCCGCGACUCCUCUCAGACUGUCCUCCGUUGCUGCAUCUAGGACCUUCGCUACCUCGCUUAGAGCCAUGUCCGAGUACCGUGAAGAAGCCGACACCUUCGGCCCCCUCAAGGUCCCCGCGGACCGAUACUGGGGAGCCCAGACGCAGCGAUCUCUUCAGAACUUCGACAUCGGAGGUCCCGCUGAGCGCAUGCCUCUGCCUCUGAUCCAGGCCUUCGGUGUGCUGAAGAAGGCCGCUGCCCACGUCAACCAGACCUACGGUCUCGACCCCAAGGUGGCCAAGGCCAUCUCGGAAGCUGCCGAUGAAGUCAUCUCUGGCAAGCUCGAGUCUCACUUCCCCCUCGUUGUCUUCCAGACUGGGUCCGGUACCCAGUCCAACAUGAAUGUCAACGAGGUCAUCUCCAACCGAGCUAUCGAGAUGCUUGGAGGCGAGCUAGGAAGCAAGAAGCCCGUCCACCCUAAUGACCACGUCAACAUGAGCCAGAGCAGCAACGACACCUUCCCCACUGCCAUGCACGUCUCUGCCGUGCUGCAGAUCACCAAGCUUCUGAUCCCAGCCAUGGAGGAGCUCCAUGCCGCUCUGGACAAGAAGCGCGCCGAAUUCGACGACAUCAUCAAGAUUGGACGAACCCAUUUGCAGGAUGCUACACCGCUCACUCUCGGACAGGAGUUCAGCGGCUACGUCAAGCAGGUGGAGAAUGGCAUUGACCGAGUCAAGGGAGUCUUGCCUCGCUUGAGCCUCCUGGCUCAGGGUGGUACCGCCGUGGGUACUGGACUGAACACCUACAAGGGCUUCGACACCAAGGUCGCCGCCGAGAUCUCCAAGAUCACUGGUGUUGAGUUCAAGACUGCUCCCAACAAGUUCGAGGCCCUAGCUGCCCACGAUGCAAUUGUGGAGGCUUCUGGUGCUCUGAAUGUGGUAGCUGUGAGCUUCAUGAAGAUCGCUAAUGACAUCCGAUACCUCGGCUCGGGUCCUCGUUGCGGUCUGGGCGAGCUGAGCCUGCCAGAGAACGAGCCUGGCAGCUCGAUUAUGCCUGGUAAGGUCAACCCUACGCAGUGCGAGGCUCUGACCAUGGUGGCUGCACAGGUCAUGGGCAACAACACGACCAUCUCCGUUGCUGGCUCCUACGGUCAAUUUGAGCUGAAUGUCUUCAAGCCAGUCCUGAUCAAGAACCUGCUGCAGUCCAUCCGCCUGCUGGCCGAUGGAGCCAGGUCUUUCACCAAGAACUGCGUUGUGGGCAUCGAGGCGAACCGUGACACCAUCCACAAGAUCCUCAACGAGUCAUUGAUGCUGGCCACUAUCCUCAACUCGCACCUGGGCUACGACACGGUGGCCAAGUGUGCCAAGAAGGCACACAAGGAGGGCAAGACGCUCAAGGAGGCGACUGUGGAGCUGGGUGCGCUGACACCGGAGAAGUUCGAUGAGCUGGUGAGGCCCGAGCUGAUGCUGUACCCCGAUGACCCUCCCAAGUAGAGGCGGGCGUGGGGCGUUCCUCUGUUUUGUAGAUGGCGGAGAAUAGACGGCGAUGCAUUCCCUCUACUGUAGCCGUCCUGCUCCUGAGGGUGGGUAGCGCAGAUGCGGCCCAUAUACACAAUCAUUACCAAAUUGCCUGCCGACGAAAGUGCCCAGUCAAGGGGAAAGUGGUCCACUAACUGUGCAGAUUAGCUAGCUACCUUUGUAUACACCACGGCGAAUUCUUGUCCAUUUCCCUCGCCCUCGCUCUCGCCUUCACCCCACUGAUCUGGCUGUAAAGGCUCGGCAAUCGGCAAUGAGUCGGCGGAAGGACGACGCAAGGGCUUGUCCUCAGGCGCGGGGCGGGUGCUGGUGUGCAUGUCCCAGGCCCCGGGCCCGCGCCCGCGCCCCGCCCAAAUGGAAUG